GUUUCCGGUGCGCUGUGUCCUUUUCCUGUAGCGCGCGGUGAGGUUUGGUGUGUCAGCUACAAUCCGGCGCCAUCUGACCUGCUGGUUGUAGAGACGCGUGUGUAAGAUGACGGAACAGAUGACGGUGAGAGGGACGCUGAAGGGACACAGCGGAUGGGUCACUCAGAUCGCCACCACACCGCAGUUCCCCGACAUGAUCCUGUCUGCGUCCAGGGACAAGACCGUCAUCAUGUGGAAGCUGACUCGAGACGAGACGAACUACGGCGUCCCCCAGCGCGCUCUGAGAGGACACUCGCACUUCGUGAGCGACGUCGUGAUCUCGUCCGACGGCCAGUUUGCUCUGUCCGGCUCGUGGGACGGCACUCUGCGUCUUUGGGACCUGACAACUGGCACGACGACUCGCCGCUUUGUGGGCCACACCAAAGACGUCCUGAGCGUGGCUUUUUCUUCUGACAACCGCCAGAUCGUGUCUGGAUCCAGGGAUAAAACCAUCAAGCUGUGGAACACUCUGGGAGUGUGCAAGUACACCAUCCAGGACGAGAGCCACACAGAGUGGGUGUCCUGUGUGCGAUUCUCCCCAAACAGCAGCAACCCCAUCAUCGUUUCCUGCGGCUGGGACAAGAUGGUCAAGGUUUGGAAUCUCGCCAACUGCAAGCUGAAGACGAACCACAUCGGCCACACGGGCUACCUGAACACCGUCACCGUGUCUCCUGACGGCUCACUCUGUGCGUCCGGCGGAAAGGACGGCCAGGCCAUGCUAUGGGAUCUGAACGAGGGGAAGCACCUGUACACUCUGGAUGGAGGAGACACGAUCAACGCACUCUGCUUCAGCCCCAACCGCUACUGGCUCUGCGCCGCAACCGGUCCAAGCAUCAAGAUCUGGGACCUCGAGGGGAAGAUUAUCGUUGAUGAACUGAGACAGGAGGUGAUCAGCACAAACAGCAAAGCCGAGCCUCCUCAGUGUACCGCGCUGGCCUGGUCUGCUGACGGACAGACGCUGUUCGCCGGCUACACCGACAAUCUGAUCAGAGUGUGGCAGGUUACCAUCGGAACACGAUAGAAGGAUUUUCUAAUGUUUGAACGUUGAAUUAAAAAAAAUAAUAAUUUUUAAAAA